GCAUGCUCAGUAUAUUUAAACACUUAUGUGUCUGACGUUAUAGCAAAGCUACACAUAUUUAAAACUACCAUGCGAAAAUAACAUAAUGUAUGCAAUUGUGCAAUAGCCACAAGUUAUAGUAUUAUUAUUAUUAUUUAUUUAUGUGACAGACGCCUUUAUCCAUAUUAAAAUAAAGCAGUUUAUUUUCUGAAAGUUAUUCUGGGAUUCGUUUAUUUGUUACAGAUAGUCUUUUCGGGAAGCGCAUGCUCUGUUUGUCGGGCACCCGUUGGUUGUUGUAGUUACAGCUGACAGCAAAACUGAACGGGGGAUUAAGUUAUUACAUCAUAUAAAUUCGGCGGAGACUCAUUUAUUUAAAGAAUAAACAAUGACGUGCGACAGUGUAAAACAAUAACUUGUUAAAGUGACCUGCCCUGACCUGACCUGGUUAGAGAUGUCAACACUCAGAAUGUGGAAAAGCUGACAUAAAGCAGAUUGCAUCACCAGACAGUGCCCUGUUAAGUGUAGAAAAUGCCAGCAGUGAGACGUGAUAAAGAUAAUUCAGGGUCUUCCUCGGAAGAAGAGGACCCAGAGGAUCACCCUUGUAUAGCGUGGAGUGGAAUCAGCAAGAGAAUCCCAGUCUUACUUUUCCAAGCAGAAGCAAUUGUAACUAAAGAUGUCAAUGUCCGGUCCAUCGGAGAGCGGUAUCAUUUGGCCUACAAGAUUGUUCGAACUGAGAGCCGUUUGGUUCGCAGUAUUUUAACAGUUCAUGGAUUUCAUGAGGUGCAUCCAAAUAGUAAUGAUUUCAAUCUGAUGUGGACCGGAUCUCAUCUCAAGCCCUACCUUCUACGCAACCUUCAAGAGUUUCAGAAAGUCAACCAUUUUCCCAGGUCGUAUGAGCUGACAAGGAAAGACAGACUUUUUAAAAACAUCCAGCGAAUGCAGCAAUUAAAUGGAUUUAAAAACUUCCACAUUGUCCCACAAACCUUUCUGCUUCCCGUUGAGUAUCAGGAGUUCUGCAGUGCAUACUCAAAAGAUAAGGGACCAUGGAUUAUAAAGCCUGUGGCUUCUUCCAGAGGACGUGGGAUUUACCUUGUCAGCAACCCAAACCAGAUUCCCUUGGAUGAGAAUAUUCUUGUAUCGCGGUAUAUCAGCAACCCUUUAUUAAUUGAUGAUUUUAAGUUUGAUGUGCGGUUGUAUGUGCUGGUAACCUCUUAUGACCCUCUUACCAUUUACCUCUAUGAAGAAGGACUGACACGGUUUGCUACAGUAAAAUAUGAUCGAGCUACAAAGAACAUUAAGAACCAGUUUAUGCAUCUGACUAACUACAGUGUCAACAAAAAGAGCAGUGACUAUGUCAGCUGCGAUGACCCGGAAGUGGAGGACUAUGGGAACAAAUGGAGCAUGAGUGCUAUGCUGAGGUACCUGAAGCAAGAAGGGAAGGACACAACAUCGCUAAUGGCCAAAGUGGAAGAUCUCGUGAUCAAGACAGUAAUUGGUGCUGAACUUCAGAUUGCAACAUCCUGUAAAAUGUUCAUGCCUCACAAGGGGAACUGCUUUGAAUUGUAUGGGUUUGAUGUCCUUAUUGACUCCAAUCUCAAACCUUGGCUCUUGGAGGUGAACCUCUCCCCAUCCUUGGCAUGUGAUGCUCCUCUGGAUCUGAAGAUAAAGGCCAGUGUGAUUUCAGACAUGUUUACUUUAGUGGGCUUUGUUUGUCAAGACCCAUUGCAAAGACAGAGCAGACAAGGAAGAAUACACUUUGAUCCGAGUUCAAGGUAUCAAGCCUUGAAAGCCCAGCGUCAGCGUCCUUUGUCAGCCAAUGAUGCAGAUAACAAUGAGCCGAAGGAGAAACUGACUGGAAAACAAGGGGGAAGCACUCUUGGACUGACUACAGAGGAGCUCAAGGUUCUACGACGUGUAAAGGAGGAACAUGAGAGACGAGGGGGGUUUAUCCGAAUAUUCCCAACUGCAGAAACCUGGGAGCUCUAUGGAGGUUAUCUGGAGCAUAAAACAUCGAUGAACUACAUGUUGGCCACAAGACUGUUUCCAGAAAAAUCUGUAAGACCAGUAGCAUCAACAAAGACACGGAAUGCUUUGAAUGGACAAGUUGCGCUGGGAAUGAGUUUGUUUCAUGUGGAAACUGAACAGCAUGUGGUACAGUAUGAACGGAAACUCAUGUCACUGGAAGCACGUAAGAAGAGAAGACAUCGCAUUGCAUUCAGGUCAAGACUUGGAAAAAAAUCAGGAAGUACUAAAGGGACCAGAGUCCCUAAACAGGAGAGUACUGAGAGUGAGGAAGAAGAUGGCUCAGAGGAGGAGGAGGAGGAGGAGGAGGAGGAGGAGGAGGAGGAAGAGGAGGAAGUGGUGGAGGUGGAAACCGAGGGUACUAAGCAACAACUCAAAGACCAUAAAGAAAAACGGGCACAACCACCUGCAUCUAAUGACUUGGCUUCCAAGGAGACCACUCCAAUAAACACUGAGCAAAAAACUAAAGGCAAGACAUCGAAACAUGAACAUCCAAGCAAGACAAAAAUUAACCUCCUACAGAUUCUUCAGCAAGGGCAGAAUCUCAGUAAGGUGCAAGCUCGUAUGGCAUUUUCAUCAUACCUCUACCGAGUUCAGAAACGACUUAUUACAGAAUGUAGUACGCAAGGUGACAGUUCAGCUGCGGCAGAAAGAGAAGAUGAACAAAUGGAGUUGGUGAUUCGUUUCCUUAAGCGAGCAGCCAGUAAUCUCCAGCAGGCUCUGCAAAUGGUAUUGCCAAGCCGACGACUCCCCCUCUCUGAUAGACGAUGCAUCCUCUCUCACCAGCUCGGAGAGUUUAUCCACUGCUACAACAAGGAGACUGAGCAGAUGGUGAAGAAAAUAGAAAAACUAAAGGAGAAUGAACAAUGUGUGAACCCUGACCUAUUCCAGGACUUUGUCACUGAAGCCAGUGAGAGUGAUCUAGAAGAAGUUUUAACCUACUACAUGCACAAAAACAAAUCUGCUAGUGUUUUCUUGGGGACGGGAUGCAAAAGUGCCAAACCUGGCACCAGUGAAGGCUCUGGAGAGCAUGUUAGUGAUCAGAGCCAGAAGGCUUUAACAGUGUCAAAGGAGGAGGAAUCGAGUGCCUCAGAAUCUUCUGCACCUGUUCCUGCCCAUAAUUCUUCACAGCAGAAGAGCUCUGCCUUGCAUCAUUGCAGAUCAGAGGCCUUAGACUGCAGCCAGAUUCAUAUCCAGCCUCCUCCUCCUCCUCCAUCAGUGCCUCUGUCUACCCAGGCUGUACACGCAGCACCAGCAGCAUUCCUCAGCUGCAACCCUUCUCAGCUGUCCUCCAGAACUUCGUCAGCCACUGUUAUAUCCCACCAUGGCCCAAACAAGGAGGUUCUACCUCGCUGCAGGUCGAGCAGUUGCUGUACUCAAGAAAAAGUUUCUUCUUUACCAAGCGCAAUGCAGAUUUACAGCCAAAAACUCUCCUGGUCAACCUCGGCAAGGCAUGUUUCUUUACAGAGCAGUCCCGGAAAGUCUCAGCCUGGCUCCGCUGGGGUGUAUAAGGAUGGAGAUAACCUUUCCUCCCAGUGUGAUACCAACCAAGAAGCCAUUGCAGCAGCGCUUCAGAGACUGGCAGAGAAACAGGCUGCCAGACAGUACUCUGCAUCCAGUCACAUCAGUCUCCUGACACAGCAUUUGAGCAAUCUUAACCUGGCAAAUGGAGCUGUAAACCAAGGACUUAAUCCUGCAUAUCGGCCAACUAGUGUAGCAACUGGGCCUCCAAGAGCCGUACAUUCAGAUGCUAGAUUGACCAACGGUCUAAGGGCCCUAAAAGUAGAUGCAUGGGAAGGAGAAAUGGAAAACGCAUAUAACAUGGUCACCGGAGUAACACCUCAGCACAGGUACCAACCCACUGCUGGGAGCUACCAGCUUCAGUUCGCAAUACAGCAGCUUCAGCAACAGAAACUACAGUCGAGGCAACUGCUGGACCACAGCAAGGCAAGGCACAGGGCCAUCCUUGCAGAGCAGCCUCCAUCGGCUCCCCCUACUGUCCCAUUGUCAGUACCAGUCAGCUCUUCCAGCCAACGACCUGUGACCAACAGGACUAGUCCCCAGCUUUCAGCUAAUCCUCUGAGACCAAAGUCAUUCCAAAACACCAGCCUCCUCGCACCAAAACCACCCCCAACCAACAACAGACAAGGUGUAAUGAGAAAAGUAGCAACCCAGCGUAUAAACAAAGUGAUUUCUUCAGAGGGAAAUGCAAGCAAUGCACACAACGUGCUCUAUGAGCAGGUCUCAGGAAACUCAGGUCUGUCUGUUUAUAACCGUAUGAUUCAGAAUCAGUCGCUGAAGAACAGGUGAAGGAUCUAUCCAUGUGCUUGCUCUGUCCCAACACAUCAUAUUUGUAGAAAGACUGAAGGACAUCCAACAAGGACUAUACGUAUCUCUCUAAUCAGUCAGAAACCGUCAAACUCUGGUAAUGAGAUAGAUCAGAAUGAUAUCACAUGUGGUGCUGGAACCAUUGACUGGGUAUGUUAUGCAGUAAUCAACAAAGGGAGGAAACUGAUUUACUUUUAAGUCCCUAAUGAUGCAUUAUGAACCAGGCCAAGCUGAGUUUAUAAACUGUCACAAGGGAGUAAAAUAAUCAGCCCAAUAGUAUAAUUAAAUAUAUAUAUAUAUAUAUAUAUAUAUAUAUAUAUAUAUAUAUAUAUAUAUAUAUAUAUAUAUAUAUAUAUAUAUAUAUAUAUAUAUACAUACAUACAUACAUAUAUACAUACAUAUAUAAUUAUUAUUUAUUUCUUAGCAGACGCCCUUAUCCAGGGCGACUUACAAUUGUUACAAGAUAUCACAUUAUUUUUACAUACAAUUACCCAUUUAUACAGUUUUUACUGGAGCAAUCUAGGUAAAGUACCUUGCUCAAGGGUACAGCAGCAGUGUCCCCCCUCCUGGGAUUGAACCCACGACCCUCCGGUCAAGAGUCCAGAGCCCUAACCACUACUCCACACAUUUCAGGAUUUUAGAAAUGAAACAAUUUCAUUGUGAUCAAACAAAGAAGUGACCCUUUGUUUUCCCCACAGUUGAAAUGCACUCUGCCCUUCCUAAACUAUCUAGGCACUCCUGCUUAUUAAUGGUUCCUUGGCAGUCACCAUUCCAGAAACACAUUUUAGGGUUAAAAGAAAUAACAAACAUCCAACCCAUUCAUUCUGCAUUGGAAGUAAAUUUAUAUCAUUUAGAGUACUGAUUUUCAGUUCCGUGAGUUAGUCUCAUAUCAUAUCAUUAUCAUAUAUUGAAGUUGACAAAACCUUUAUUUUUGAAAACCCUUCAAAUAUACAAUUUGAGUAAUGUUUUUGCUAUUAUCAUAAUGUUUUUUUGAAGAUUAUUUUGUUUGUUAAUCUAAAACAAAAUACAAAUUGUAUUUUUUUUUGUAAAGAAUGAACAGACAUUUGUAAAUGGACCUCUUUUGUAAUAUUCAUGUUAACCAUGUAAUGUUCUGUAAUGAAUGUAAAUAUGUGUGUAUUUUUAGCAGACUUUUUUUUAUUUCACAAUAAAAAAAAAAAAAUCAAAAGUUAUUAAAAAUAUUUUAAAUGUAUUACAUCACAGCUGUUUUUAUACUACAUAAAGUAAACUCAUAAACACCUAAAAUAUAGACACAGUAUUUUGUACAGGUGCAGUUUAAUUGUAUUGAUUUCCCUACAGAUUAAUACUGUGACUGAAACUAUAGGACAUAUUCACAUCUUUAACUCUGAGUUAGCAACACAUGUGGUACUAAACACUUUAUUUAAACCAUCAAAACAUGCAAUAAAGAGUUCAUGAGUUAAAUAUUUUUUUGUGUAGGACCCAAGAUUUCUAACUUCUAACUAUGAAACAAUUAAUGUAUGUCAGUGAAGUACUGAAAUGGGUACUGUAAAACUAGAAUUGACCCUUUAACUUCAACCAGUUUUUCAUCUCUGAUCAUAUUGUAGCAGUAUUAAUAAAAAAAUAAGUUUAAUUUGUAUAUUGUUGGUGGGGGAAAAACAAACAAACCAUCAAAUACUUAUUUCAAACUACAUGCAAACAAAUCCAAAUGUCCAAGACCUUUUUUUUUUUUUUU